AUGCUCUGCAAAACUACUCAUCAAAGUCAACAGAAGAAGAAGCACAAGGCCGCCAUGGAUGGCAGCAGCAUCAGAGUCGACUGGACCAACCUUCCACCCCAACUCUACCAACUCAUCGCCCAAAACCUCAAAACCCACAUCGAAGUCCUCCGAUUCCGCAGCGUCUGCAGCUCCUGGCGUUCUUCCAUUCCUCCUUUCUGCGCCUCCAUAUCUCCCAAUUUCCCUUUCCCUCACGGGCCCACUGGCUUCCUCUCCCAAAUCACCGUCUACCUCACCCGACCCGACCCGGAUCCGGAUCCGAAUCCGAAUCCGAAACCUUCCUCGUCGUCCUCAUCGCCUUCAUCCAAGGGCUGGUUGCUGAAGCUCGAAGAGUGCGCGGACAAGAUUCGCCUUCUGAAUCCGAUAACCAACUGGCGGGUCAGCUCUGUCAAGGACGACGUUGCAAGAAAUCCAACGGAUUUGAACCUGGUGGACCUUAACAUGGUGGAGCUGGGCAAAGCAUAUGCGCUGAGAUACACAAAGGGGUCUGGUUCCAUUUUUGGUAUAAACAAGGUGAUUGUAGCCCCUAACUUUAAAGACUCAAUUUUCAUGAUCUACAAUGAAGGAAAAUUGGGUUUUGCCCAAAUUGGAAAUGAGGAGCUCACACUCAUCAAUGACCAAAUUUCGGAUUACGAUGAUUUGAUUGUGUACAAGGGUCAGCCUUGUGUUGUUAACAAAUGGGGUCAAAUUUUUAGGAUCAAUUUGUCUCUGGAAUUGGUGCCUUUUUCGCCUCCUAUUGGUUUUGGUUGCAGAAAGAAUUUAAUUGAGUGUUGUGGAGAGCUUUAUGUGGUGGAUAGGUACCUUGAUGCUAAUCAGCAAGAUCAAACAUCACCAAGAAUUUGUGUUCGUAAUGCUAGUUUUAAUUUUUUUCUUCGCCAUCCUCUUCGUCGUGGUCGAAGAAUCUACGAAGCCGAUCAGCCCAAGGCAAUUGAUUUCAAGGUCUAUAAGUUGGGUGAUGAAGAGUUGGGGGGUAGAUGGGUUGAAGUGAAGAGCUUGGGGGGUCAAGCUUUCUUCUUGAGUAUUGAUUGCUGUUUCUCUGUUUUGGCUGCAGAGUUGGAAGGGUGCAAAGGGAAUUGCAUUUACUUCACAGAUUCAAAUGACAUUGGUUUCGCGUUGAGAGGGUUGAUCAGAUCAGAUGGCUUAAUUAUCCUUUGGAUUAAUGGACCUUGCUUCCUGCUUACAGGGGAAAGAGGCUGGAGGUUCCAAUUUCUCACGAAGAAUGAUUUGAUUUUGAAAGGAAUUCUUAAGACAUUCUCUCCGAAAACGUUACCAGACAAGCUCUAA